AUGGUUCCACCACCAGUACUUCACCAACCACAAGCAGACGAUCUAGAUGAUGGGUUAGAAUAUGAUGUUCAAUACUCAGAUGAUAAUGGUGAAACAGAGGUAAACGAGGCCAAAGCAGUCGGCGAGGUCGGUGAGGCUGAUAGUUUUCAAGCCGGAACCUUAAAUAGUGGUAAUAUAGACAAGUCCGAAGAUGAAGAACCGCGCAAACGUAAAAGAGACUCUUCAAAGCUUAAAGAAAAGAAAAAGCAAAAGAUGGAAAUGGAUACCGAGAAGAAACGGAACAUUGCAAUGGAAAAUAGUACCGAAUUAAUUGCUGAAUUCAUAAACUCCAAAAUCACCAAAAAAAACACCCAGUUAUCCGCUUUGGAGUUAAGUGAGCUUUACUUUAGCAAGAAUGACAUAAGAACAAUCUCUGAAUUUACAAAACCUAGGACGUUGGAUAAUUUGAGUGAGUACAUAAAUCUCAGGUUUAAAAAUAUGUUACCUAGCAAACUGGGGAAAUCAAAGAAGCAAGCCCGAAAUUUACAAGAGCAAGAUAAUGAGAAACUAUCGGAUAGGAAAUUUAUUGCAAUAGUGUCAAUGUCGGCCAUACGAGCUUGUGAUGUGUAUAGAGCAACGAGAGAUUUGAACGGAGGCUCGAUUAAACUAAUCAAUAAAAACAAAUUGCAAGUUGAUUUGAAGCUAGUGGAGUCUACUAGGUCGAGGGUCUUAUGCUGUACACCUGGUAGGUUGAUCAAAGUAUUGAACAACGAGGAUUCCAAGUUGCGAAAAGAUGAGAUCAAGAUUAUUAUUGUUGAUAAUUCGUAUCUUGAUCAGAAAAAACAAAACAUUUGGGACAUUGCAGAAACAGUUGAAGUUUUAAAAGAACUUACAAAAAAGGGAUCAAAAAUUUAUCUUUACUAA